GCUUGCAGAAGUCACGGGGAUAAUGUGCAUCGGCUUCCUAUGGCUUCCUUGGAGUGAUUCUCUCGGACGCGGGAAGCCAUACGGUAGUCACUUGCUCGCUCGGUCGCUUUCGUGCAUCGUCUGCCCGCGUCUUGUCAUGUCCCAGAGAGCGGCCGUCCAAGAACCAGAUUCGACGCCGGACUCGACGUCGGACUCGGCACCGGACUCGACCGAAGUAAGUUCGCGCUCGAGAGAGAGCCGAUCCCAUCCCCAUCCUCACGGUCUCGUCUCGCCUCAGCGCGCGCCGUGGACGACGAACGCGAAGCCGACCGACUUCGACGCCCUGCUGCCGCACGUGGGGGAAUACGGGAGGUACCAGAAGCUGCUCAUCUGGUUGGUGUGCCUGCCGGCCUGCAUUCCCUGCGGGUUCCAUGCGUUCAAUCAGCUCUUCAUGGCGGGCACGCCCGAGCAUUGGUGUCGGGUUCCGGAACUCGAGGGCGUUUCCAGCCUCAGCAUCGAAUACUUGAAACGGAUUUCCAUCCCUCCGGCUGCAAGAUCCUCGGGAUACAGCCAGUGUGAGAUGUACGACACGGACUACAAUAAAUUGGCGGAGAAAAUCCUUCAAGAGGAUGCGAACGUGACGGGAUUCCCAGACGCGUCUUGGUCGACGGUCCCGUGCCAACACGGCUGGGUCUACAACCUCACUCAAGUCUCUUCCUCCAUCGUCAUCGAUUUCGAUCUGGUGUGCAGUCGAGAGAUCUUCCCGACGGUUGGGCUCUGCGUCCUCAAUGUCGGAGGGAUCAUCGGGGUGUAUCUCUUUGGGGUCAUCAGCGACAGAUGGGGGAGGAGGCCCUCUUUCUUCCUGUGUCUUUCCGUCGAACUCGUUGCCGGGGUCGUCACGGGCUGGUGUCCGAAUUUCAACGCGUGGCUCUGCUGUCGCUUCUUCGUGGGUCUCACCAUUCCGGCCAUCUACCAGAUACCCUUCAUCAUCGCCAUCGAGUUGGUGGGACCGAACUACAGGGCCUUCGUGACGGUGAUGACGUGCCUCUAUUACACUUUCGGUCUCUUGCUUCUGGCCGGAGUCGCUUAUUUCGUGAGGAACUGGGUGCAUCUGUGCUACGCCACCGCAUUGCCUUUCUUCCUCUACGGCGGCUACUGGUGGUUCUUGCCGGAAUCGCCUCGCUGGCUGCUGUCUCGGGACAGGCUGGAGGAGGCGACGCGGGUUCUCAAGGUCUUGGCGAGGAUCAACGGCAAGAGCUUACCGCAUGAGUACUACGAGGAGCUCAAACGUAUUCUGAAAAUAUAUUUAUAUUUUUUUGCGAUCGUUGGGGGAUCUCUCCCCUGCGCAUUCGCGGCGGCAUCGGGAUUUCAGGAGAAGCUGAUAGCCCAGCAGAUGGAAGCUCAGCGAGCGAGAGAGAGGAAAAUUCACCAUAUUCACAGUUACGAGCAGCACAAUGCCGGCUUUCUCGACCUCUUUCGCACCCCAAACAUGAGGAAGAAAACGCUGUUGAUAACGCUUAAUUGGUUCGCCAACGAGACCGCGUACGUGGGGCUGAGCUACUACGGUCCGGCGAUGGGCUCCGACGAAUACAUGAGCUUCUUUCUGGCCGGCCUGGUCGAAAUCCCCAGCUACCUGUGCUGCUGGUUUCUCAUGGAGGAGUGGGGCCGUCGCUGGCCUCUCUGCGCCUCCAUGAUCGUCGGGGGGACCGCCGCCAUAUUCACCGUCGUCAUGGAUCAAGACGCCGUAGUCGAGACUCUAGUUCUGUACCUGAUCGCCAAAUUCGCCAUCGCCGCCUCCUUCUUGAUCAUCUACCCGUUCGCCGGGGAACUAUACCCGACCGAAGUCCGCGGGAAAGGCAUCGGGUUCUCCGGUUACAUCGGGGGGCUCGGCGUCUGCAUCAUUCCCUUCGUCAACUUCCUCGGUCGUCACAACCUGGUCCUGCCCCUGAUCAUCAUGGGUAUAUUGACCGUGAUCGGUGGCAUCUGCGGUCUCUGGCUUCCCGAGACUCUGCACGAGAAACUGCCGCAGACCAUCGAGGACGGGGAAGCGUUCGGGAAGGAGCAGCGCUUCGGGGAUUGCCCGUGCUUCGAACACCGAGGCUGGAACGAAUCGGCGACCGAGUCCUCGACGCUGUUGAAAGAACUCCGUCCAGAAGACCCAGGCCCCAACGCCGCGAACGAAGAAGGGCGUUCGAGCGCGGGGGAGGGAAGGGCAGCAGACGCGCACCCGCGCCCGGGCGAAGCGGGGGAACCCGGCGAGGACGGAGUCCGGAGACAGAGCAGCUACAGGGCGAUGCUGCAGAGGAGGGUCAUGGUUCGCCAGCCCACGGUCGAGUUCCCCGUCGACCCCGCGACCGGUGCGAUCAGACUCUCCCACUGGUGAAGACGUGGUCGAAGGUCUGGUCGAUCCGUUACGAAGAGCAAUGAAGGAGGGGGGGAGGGGCUGUGGGGGGCUGUAGCAGCAGCACU